UGGACAGAAACACCCACAGAGUCAACCCAGGAAUGAAUGGCAAACAUCUGCUGCAGCUGUCCGUCACUGCGAUUCUGCUCGACGCUCAGUCAUGUUGUCCUUGGCCACCCUCUCACUCCGUCUCGUGGCCUCUGGUUGCCAAGGAAGCAGGCGAUCAGUAGCAACCGUCGUCUCCGGCAACAAGACAUCCAAGUUGGUGAGGGAUAGACUGAAGACAGAGGUGGAGAGGAUGAGGGGUCAGUUCUCAGGGUUCAGGCCCAGUCUGGUUGUGUUACAGGUGGGAGACAGAGACGACUCCAACCUGUACAUCAGCACCAAACUGAAGGCUGCAGCCGAGAUUGGGAUCAAUGCCAAACACGUGCGGCUGCCGAAAACAGCGACGCAGGAUGAGGUUCUGCAGAGCAUCAUGUCCGUCAACGAGAACGCGUCGGUCCACGGUCUAAUCGUCCAGCUCCCUCUGGACUCCGUCAACCGCAUCGACAACGAGCUCAUCACCAACGCCGUCAGUCCAGAGAAAGACGUGGACGGUCUGAGUUGUAUUAAUGCAGGGAAGUUGUCUCGAGGUGAUCUGAACGACUGUUUCAUCCCCUGCACCCCCAACGGCUGCAUGGAGCUCAUCAGACAGACAGGUGUGUCGGUGGCGGGGAAACAUGCGGUCGUGAUCGGUCGCAGUAAAAUCGUCGGCGCUCCGAUGCACGACCUGCUGCUGUGGAACCACGCCACUGUGACCACCUGCCACUCAAAGACACCAGACCUACCUGAGCAGGUGGGUCGGGCUGAAAUCCUGGUGGUGGGGGCCGGCAGAGCAGAGAUGGUGAGAGGAGAGUGGGUGAAGGAGGGAGCUGUGGUCAUCGACUGUGGAAUCAACUACAUCGCAGAUGAGACGAAGGCAAGCGGGAAGCGGGUGGUUGGAGACGUCCACUACGCCUCAGCCAAAGAGAGAGCAGGAUUCAUCACACCUGUUCCAGGAGGGGUGGGACCCAUGACAGUGGCAAUGCUCAUGGAGAACACGGUGCAGAGCGCUCAGCGUUUCCUCCUGAAGAGUCAGUCUGGAAGGUGAAACGCCGACACUGACAGGCAGAAAGGUGUGUUCAGGUGAGCAGGAGGAAUCAGUGAUGGAAGACAUAUUCAUGACAUCGUCAGAUUUGAACAAAUACCCUGUCUCAGAGGCUGAUUGUCGUCAGUUCUCUGUUCCACAGCUUCAAUGACCUCCUUUUAUUUUCUGCUUAUUUGUUUCACAUUCUCUUUUACAUAGUUUAUUUUUUAAUCAGUGUUUUUCUGCUUCUGCUCUGGCCUCCUACAUUCAUUAUACAUUCUUGUGUUCUUCAAUUUAAUUGAUUGAUUAAUUUAUUAUUCACAUUAAUCUGCACAGAAAACAUGAUUUAAACUAGAAGGCAUGAAGUUUAGAGACUUAUUUAGCUUUCAUUCAAACAAAAUAGCAUUAUAUCUUUACUAUUGUCACUUUUAAAUGCACCUUUGAGUUUACAUACUGCUGUUUACUGAAACCCUCCAUGCUGUUCUGCUUUUUCAUGUUUCCUUUCAAAAUGAUAAGCUGUGAAAAGUUUGCCUCUAUAAAAGGCAUUCAGGUAACGUAGCUAUAGAGUCAAAAAGAUGGUGCUCGGAGGAGGUUGGGGUGGAUGGUUGGGUCAACCAGCUACGAUGACAUACAGUACUGAAGCCAAACCUGAACUCUCCCUAAAGGUCUCUGCACACUGUGGAACUCUAGCAAUCUUAUAAAGUCACAACUUGCUACACUGUACGACAUGAAUCUACAAGUCUUCCGGCAUGAAGUUUGUUCAUUGCAGAUUGCACAAUGAAAGCGCAGUUGAAUCGCAGCCUUCGAUGUACCUGAGUCGACAUGAAUGAGCAAGAAUAAGUCAUAGGCGUGCGCCGUCCAUCCAUGAAAAUUAAAUAACCGAAGCAAAACAUAGAGAGUCACAUUAUUUAUGAUCUAGCUUACAGCCAUGGCCAUAAGUUUGGACACAAGUACCAUGACGCUUGUGAAUCUUAGAAAAUACCACAAAAUUGUCACUUACAAUACAGUACACAACUCCUGAGAACUAUAUUAAGUUUCAUAUUUAAAAAAAACAUCAAAAGAGUUUGGUGUCAUUUUGUUAUUCUUACCAAAUUCGGUUGUGAAAGUACUGCAUUUUUUUUGUUAUUUUCUUCUAAUAUUAUGUUUUGGGAACAAAGUUGUUCCAAUUGUUGGAAUUUAUUGAUAAUAUUAUAUCUCUUGUUGAUUUGUUGACUAGUUAAACUGGUGCUGUCAAAAAAUAUUAGUUAUGUUCUGUAAUAGACAUCAAAACAGACAUAGUAAAUCAUGCUGUGUCCAAACUUAUGGCCAUGGCUGUAAGUGCUGUGGACACUAUUUACAGCAGUGUGUGUGUGCGUUUGCUAGCUGCUAAUGUUAGCUUACUAACUUGGGAACUGCAAUUCCCCCGCUAUAUCCUUCCAUGCAUCGUCCUUUAUUGCCCGGUUGUGGUAUGAGCUGGAGGACACGCCAAAACAGUGUCUGCUGCCACAACUCUGCUUGACUGUCUUUGCUUAAAUCCCACAUACUUGUUUUGAUGCAUUUUGCCAUUGUCACCACAAACCAUCUAUAUGAGUUUAGCGCCAGUACAUCAAUUCAUACUGCAUUUCUGUUGGUUAGUUAGAUGUCGUAGGUCACAGCAGUAGUCACACUGUGAGACAAUAACCCCAAGUUUCUGACACUGUCAGAAUUUUAUUGCAGCUUGUCUUUGGUUGCAAGACCAUAACAGCGGCCGUCCUUGAACCUGUCUCUCUGUGCGACGCAGGUUUAAAGCCAAGACCAAAGAUAUUGCCACAAUUCUCUCACGAUUGUAUCUCCUUACCUCUGGGGCUUCAGGUCUGUGGGUUCUCUAUAGCAUCUUGAGACAGUUUGACCUGUAAUUGGUGCUAUAUAAAUAAGAUUGAAAUGAAUUGAAUGUUUUGUCUGGGACGGCUGAAAGUCGCACAGUGUGUAGUGGCCUUAAGGCUGCAUUCAGACCACACACUGCACGAUUUGGAAAAUAAUGACACAUCACACACUAAAUAAUGUUAUUAAGCUUGUCGUGCCAGAAGAAGCAGACAGGGAGUACCGCCUCACGGGAUCUCACAGGGAAACAGAUGUAAACAAAAUGGAGACUGUGGUGGAACAAUCUGCUGUAACAUUAAUAAUAUUUUAGCUCAAAAACAUUCAUGUCUUCUUACUUAUGCAGUAGUUUUGAGUUCUCCUCACCUUAUGUCUGAACUAAAGAAUUCAAAACUACUACUACUAAUAUUUUGCCGUGAGAAAAGCAACAAAAGCAGCAUGUGUCUGAAUUAUAAAAUGUUUGGCAAGAUGUGGUCUAUGCGGUUAAUCUACUCUUCAGCGAAGACAAGGGAUGAGAUUUUGACUCAGUUUUAAUAUCUUUAGAUAAUAUUAGUCUCAAGGAGUAGAUUAUUUAGUGUUGGGUUAGGGUUCGGCUGCUGUGGUAACAGUAACCACCCUGAUUUUUACUCCUCAAUAUCAAACAUGUUUGAUAUUACUGAGGUAACCCCAAUUCAGUUUGGGAGGUUUAUGACUGUACCGAUGAAACUUUACCAAAUAAACUGGAUCAGACAAAGAUCCUUUGUCAGAUUUCUGUUCAGAACGAAGAUUUGCUGUAGUCUGAGCCAAGUGUAAACACAACAAACAGUUGAUUUAUAACUGUUUGUGUAGUUUAUGCUGCUGCGGGUUUAACUUUAUUUUCCUUCUUCAGAAUCUAGAAUGAACCAAAGCAAAGCCUCAGUUUCCCUUAAUUUUUAUAUAUAAUAAUGAAAACAAAUAGUUCUUUUCUCAUUUUAAAACUAAUAAAUCUUGUAAUGCUACCUUAAUAAAAGCUGAGCGAUUUCUCUAUUUCUUAAUAAACAUGCUGAUUUCUCA